AUGGGGCCUGAGAAGGCGUGGUCAAUUGGUUCGGACGACCUUAACAACGGCCAAGAUGGCCAGGUUGAGAAGUCCAUCGCAGAGGUGCUGGCAGGAGUGGAGCCGAACGCUAGGAGCCGCAAAGCGAGUCACAGCCUGCGCUUCUUCAAGGAGGGACUCCCGGAGGAAACCAUGAAGAGGAGAGAAUCACGAAUCGGCCCAAGCCCCAGGGAGAGACUGCCGCCGUCCACGAACGAUGCCGAAUUUGAGAGGCAACCGGGGGGUGGCCGCGGUGAUGAUCAUUUCAAGAGCCUGCAGCCCUCCCCUGGCCCUGCAGAGGAGGUACCGGGACGUCUGUCGCGCACCAGAACAUUCCCGCUGUCAAUAAGUGCGCAGAAGUAUAGCGAGGAACCCCAGGAUUACUUCCACGUGCGUCGCGAGCAUAAAGAGGACGGUGAAAUUUCGGGAGAGGAGAAAAUAUCGUCUGCCGUUUUUCUGCCGCACAAGGGCCCCCAUGCUGCCCCCGAUAGUCCAUGUGAUGUUGAGGAAGAUCUCGAUGCGACAAGUGAACCUGGCGUGACACACCAGCGGAACGCCGAUGGCUCAGCUUGGCUGGUAAAGGCUGACGAACCCGAGGUCGAUGAGCCGAAGUCGACUGAAGGUCCCAUGGAAGACAAUGUGCGGGAUGCUGCUCCCAACCGACCCCUUGAUUCCGGACCGCGCUCCCCCGGUAUAAACCCGCCCGAGAAAGCUGCACCUGCGGCGUCUCCUUCCCCAGAGCAUGAUCGUGCGCAACAAGAAUCCUCCUUGGAUCCUCAACUGGGCUCACAGGAAUAUGAAGAUCAUGUGCAUGACCAUCAAUUAGGCGCCCAACAGCCGCUUGAUGCUAUAGAGCUUGUUCCUUACUCACACCAGGUGGGUGGGCACACGACUCUAUGGAAGUUCUCGAAGCGAGCGGUUUGCAAGCAGCUCAAUAACCGAGAAAAUGAAUUCUACGAAGAUAUCGAAAGAUACCAUAGGGACCUACUACCUUUUCUCCCAAGAUAUAUCGGCGUACUCAAUGUGACAUACUCAAAGCAGCCUCGGCGCAAAUCUACUGUCAGGAGAGAUGAGCCUGUCGCUUCCGAACGCAAGAAAGGCGAGCAAAGGGAACAGAGCACGUGUGUGCGGGCUAAUGGCCUUUCGACUCAUGACGCUGCAGAGAAACCCAACCAAGCCGGUCAACAGGCGAGCACGCACAAUAGAGUAAUCAGCCAAUCCUUGCAAUCAAGCUCGAUCCCAAUCCCAACGGUCACGUUCAUGGACAACCAGCAUAUCCUGCCCAGGAGCCUCCUUCACCCGGCAGCAAAUGCGGCUCUCUGCUCAGACCGUGCUCGUAGCUCGUCAAUCUCUGUCCCGGCGUCGCACUACGCCUCCAACGAAUCAACGCCUGGCGGGAUUUUGGAAAGGCCGUCUCUGGAAGACCGUCAUGCUAAUAGCUGGGGAACCACUGUGGUCAACAAGAAACUGCGUCACGAGGUCUUCAACGACGCCUUUCGGAACCAGCCCAUCAAUAUUCACAGGCACAAGAAAGCUCACCAGCGAGUAUUGCCCAAGAAGACUUUGGACCGCCUGCUUCGGCCCCAGAGUUCAGACUCUAGCCUCAUGAGAGCUAACGGUGUGGAGUUACACUUACCCGUGGUACACAAACAGGAACACAGCCAGCCUGUGCCUUCACGCAUGCACCAGAAAUCACAGAGCGACCUCGGCCCUUCCAGCGAGCCUUGCCCAGAUGGUAAUGGCGAGUCAAAAGAUGUCACUGGGACUAGUGCUCCUGAGCCAGACAUCCUGAACGAGGCCAUGGUACCCCAACGCAAGAAACGCCGGCAUUCUGGCAGUGCUCUUCGAAGGAGGCCCAAGGACGUGUCGGAUUCGAGGGGCGAUCUGCAUUAUUGGGAAGAGCCUGAUGACGCAGGCUACAAGGGCGACAAUGAAGAAUUUAGGGGCGCAGCGCCCGGGUCGGACGCACCCACAGCAAUGCCCACCCAGGGUCUUAACGGGGCAGCUGAAAACCAAGUCACGGCAUCGUCUACGACGUCGUCGGCUUGUGAAUCCGCAGUGGUCUCUGUGGCGACAAGCCCCACAAGCGAGUUCAAGAGGAUGUCGAGGCCAAUGAACCCCCAAAGAGGCCCAGACUCAGCCAUGAAGCGCCCCUGUAUCAUGGACCUGAAGAUGGGCACACGACAGUAUGGCGUCGAAGCCAAUCCCAAGAAGCAGAAGUCUCAACAGCGCAAAUGUGCCGAGACAACUUCACGGGAACUCGGUGUGCGGGUCUGCGGCCUUCAAGUGUGGGAUGCACAGACCGAGAGAUACGUUUUCCAAGACAAAUACUACGGUCGCAACCUCAAAGCCGGUGACGAGUUCCAGGAAGCACUUACCCGCUUCCUUUAUGAUGGAAAAGACCUCCACAGCAUCCUCCGGCACAUCCCCAACAUUCUGCAAAAGCUCAGCCAGCUUGAAGUCAUCGUACGUCGGCUGCGAGGCUACCGAUUCUAUGCCGCGAGUCUGCUCAUGACCUAUGACGGUGACCAGUCCGGCAAGGACAACUACGACACCGCGGUCGAAGACUCGACAACGGACUUUGCCACUGACACCGAAGACGCCAGUCGGGUCCGCAAGCGGAAGAACAAGGGCGAGAUCGAUUUCAAGAUCGCCGAUUUUGCCAACAGCCUUAUUGCCAGCGACAUGGACAAGGACAAGCCCUGCCCACCACGCCAUCCUCAGGAUCCAGACUGCGGCUUUCUCAAGGGUCUGCGGAGUCUGCGCAGGUAUUUCCUCAAAAUCCAACAAGACACUCGCACCGAGUUGGGGCUGCCUUCAGCGCAGCGCAACCUGCUCUACGAUCCGCAAAUGGACGUCUCGGAGGACGAAUCCGUGAGCGAGUAA